AUUUGGAGCCCAUGAACGAGAAGGUAAACGAGAUUAGGAAGAAGAGGAACCAGGAAAGACAGCCUACGAAUGAUAAGCUAGAUUGGUAUAAUUUUGAAACCAAGAUCAGGAAAUUAAUCCAUGAACUGAUACAACCAACUGUUGCUUCAGGGAUUGAGGCUAACGAAUCCAUCACGAAAGUGACAUCCAAAGCAGAGAAUAUGGAAGAGAGAAUUUUGAAAUUAGAAUCUGAACUUUGGAAAACUGAGAAACAAAAUACAGCAUAUCAUAGGCUUGAGCAACGCCUAAAUGAUCAUGACUCAGCUUUUGAUAAGAUCAAGGAAGAGGUUAAACAAGAAGUUGGGAAUUUAGAAAAAGCUGAUGCUCAAAUUAGAACUAAGAUGAAAAACGCUAAGGAAGAAGUGAAUGAGAUUGUAAAGGUCAACGAGAGACUCACUGAGUCAAUUUCAAAGAUCAAGGAUGAUAUCAUUAAUCAUGUUGACACCUUAAACAAAUCUAUUAACACAGGUGUUCAAAAUAUUGAGGAUGAAAUUCAAGAUAUUAGAUUUAGUAUUUCUCUUCUGCAGGAAUCCAACAAGAGCAUUAACUCUUCACUCGCGACCCAGAGAGAGCAACUGGCAGCUCAUGAGGCUUCUAUUGACAACAACAUCUCUAAAAAUAAGGAAGCACUGGUAAAGAUAGAGGGAAUCCAAGCAACAGUGUGCUUAAAAGAAGAUUUUGAGAAAGCAGUCGAAGAUAUGAAAUCAGAAGCUAAAAAUUGUAUUUAUUCCCUCCAAGAUGUCAGCUCUAAUCUUGAAGAGACAGAUUUGUAUAUUGAGAAGUACCUCCCAGUAAGAACACAGGAGAUGAUAAACGAGUCCUUUAAAGAAUUAGCUCAAUCAGAUCUUGAGAAAGAAAGGAUCUGCAAUUAUGAGGUAAAGAGAUACAAAGAGCUCCACAAAGCUAUCAUUAACAUGCCUGAGCUGAAUCUGAACAAGAAGCCUACGCUUCCUUCUGUCCUUGAGAUGGAGAAGGCUUUGAGUGAACUUAAGAAGAGAAACCAGCUUAUCAAAGCCCAUUCGCCUAAGGCAGAAGAUGAAGAGUUCAAAUCAUUUUAAAAUUCAAUUAGA